UUCAUACGAGACUUCUCGAGACUCAGCGCCUGCAGUUUACUCAGAAUGACCACCUCAGUAGCGUGCAAAGCACUGCAUGUAACACCAUCUGUGGGACAGUACGUAUCUGAUCCGGUCAGUGUCCUUGUCAACCAAAAUGGCUGUGAUCAAGGCUCGGUCGUCACUUCUGAGUAUAACCUCUUGGAGAUGACAGAGGUAGAAUACACCCACCUUCAACAUAUUAUUCAGUCCCACAUGGAAGCGCAGGCUGUUGAACAAAACGAGUCAGAAGAGGUCAAGAUACACCAGCUAUCUAAUAUUGAGGGAAUCCUCACUAACCACCCCAAGAGUGAGAGCGACUGCAUGGCUAGCUCACCCCCACAUACCACACCUGUUGGUCAACCAAGUGCUUCAGGUCCAAUGUCUGUAGAUGUACAGUACACCAUUUCCGCAUCUGCUCAUGAAGGACCGGUAGACAUUCGGGAAGUUAAAAUGGUCCUGUACAGUGAUCCAGGGAGCGGUGCAACUGUGGGGGAGAGGACGCCAACCAGCUACAGCGAAGUCCCAGAUUCCGUGCUGGCGAAAGUGAGAUGUGCCGUGGAGACUGCCAGGGAGCGGGGCAUGGAUCCUUGUGAACACAGAGGGGCAGCUCCUCUAGAGGGGAGAUCCAAUCCAGCUGCACGUGUGUGCUUGGAGAAGAGGUUUAACUGCAGCCCUUCUGAGCUAAGCAGACAGCAGGAGUCACAGGCAGCAGUUUUGAAUACAUUUUUGUCAAUGUUUCAUCAUUCCACGGAUGUACGAAGCAUAGCAAUGCAUUCAAAGUCAGAAAAAUGGACAAAGCCAGACAAGACAGCUGCAGUAGAGUGUGCUUAUCCAUGUGGAGGAGCUCUCCUCAACACUCUGGCUCCCACUCGAAGUCAGAUAUUGCAGGGCAGCAAACAUCCAGAUAUGGUCGCUCCCAGGAACUUUACCUUCAGUUACAGACCAGAUAAGAAAGCUGACUCUCUGUUAAGAGCCUCAUGUAUCAUUCACACUGACGCAGCUGGUGAUCAAGGGGGGAUCAACCUUGAAAACAAGGUGAUGGGGAAAGAAGCCCCUCCAGUGAAGCGUGCUAAGACACGAAGACCCAGGUCUGUCCAGGUUCGGGUGCCCAACAUUGUACAGGGCCCCGGAGACUGGAAAUCAUCGAGUGUGAUGCCUGGGUCCAAACCUAGUAGGAGAACAGGAUCUCCUCUAGAGAUCACUCAGCGCAGGGAGAGACACAACAGCAAGGAGAGAGACCGCAGGAGAAGGAUACGGCUGUGCUGUGAUGAGCUGAAUCUUUUGGUGCCGUUCUGCAACACUGACACUGACAAAGCCACAACGCUACAAUGGACUACGGCCUUUCUCAAGUACAUUAGAGAGAUGUACGGAGACUCCCUCAAACAGGACUUUCAGAACACGUUCUGUGGUAAGACUGGCAUUCGGAUCAAGCCCAGCUGUGACCAAGCAGUCCAGGACUGCCAGGGUAUGGCUGUGAGUGAGCCAGGAAUGACUGACCAACCCAGCCCUGCACAGUGA